CGCUGGAUUGAAGUCAUAGAGCAGUAUGACUUUGAGCCCCACUAUAUCAAGGGCGAGUACAACAAGGUUGCUGAUGCGCUGUCGCGUAGACCAGAUUUCUCUGGUGCGCUGAUUACUGAGUUUGGGCUUGCGGACGAUGUUACUCAAUCUAUGGUGGAGGCCUAUCGCGAGAACCGAUUUAUGUCUGAGAUCAUAUGCAAACUCGAGGUGAAGGACAAAGCAACUUCUGCCGAGUUUGAGUUGGUCAACGGAGUGCUGUUCCUUGAGAAGGCAGGGAAUAGACGUCUGCCUGGUCAAAGCCUGACUAUGGACUUCAUGGAUACGUUGUUCACCAGCAAGAGCGGGAUGAGACACAUCUUUGUUAUCGUGGAUAGGUUUAGUAAGUACGCUAGGUUAGUCGCAAUGUCGGAGACAGCGAAGACUGAGCAUGUGAUUAAGUUGUUCAAAGAGAACUGGGUUAGAGAUUUUGGAUUGCCAAAGUCUAUAGUCAGUGACCGUGAUGUGCGAUUCACAAGUGAACUGUGGAAAGCCGCAGCUGCAGAACAAGGAACGCAGCUGCAGAUGACAUCAGGAAACCAUCCCGAGGCGAAUGGACAAGCAGAAUAGUUGAACCGCGUUGUACAACACCUGCUGAGGCAUUACAUCAAGCCAAAUCAGGUAGACUGGGAUGAGAAACUUGCUCUCAUUGCCAGCCUAUACAACAACGUGGUCCAUAGCGCAACGGGUGCGAGCCUGAAUAGUCUGCUAUUAACCUUUAGGCCUAGACUGCCCUUGGAUUUCCUACUACCUGAGAACCAGCCCUCUGCUGCACCAGGGACUUCAGAGUUUGCUUAUCGAUAUGAGCAGCUGAUGCAGCAGGCUGUUGAACAGAUGCACAAGGCACAGGCGGCGAUGAUAGAGUCUGAGAACAAACACCGCCGCCCGUC